AUGGCCAAACCAUUUUCACCAACUAUAGAGUUCACUGUGAGGAGGUGCCAACCAGAGCUGGUGGCUCCGGCCAAGCCUACCCCUCAUGUGGUUAAGUUACUCUCUGACAUAGAUGACCAAGCAUCUCUAAGAUUUCAAAUUCCAUUAUUCUUCUUUUAUCCUCACAAGCCUUCCAUGUGUGGUGGAUUCAUUUUCGCUCUUCGCUUAAACCACACUAUGAGUGAUGGUGCUGGUCUUGUUCAGUUCCUCAAGGCUUUAGCUGAGAUAGCACAAGGUGCUUGUGAACCUUCAAUCCCUCCAGUUUGGCGCAGAGAGUUACUAAUUGCGAGGGACCUACCUCGUAUUACAUGCAGCCAUACCGAGUACGAUGAAGUGCCAAAUGAUGACGAUGAUGAAACAAGAAACGAAGACAUGGUCUACGAUUCUUUCUUCUUUGGUCCUAACCAGUUAAAGCCCAUUCAUCGAUUGUUCCCUCAUCACCAACAUCAUCAAAACUCUACCUUUGAAGUACUCACAGCAUUCAUAUGGCGUUGUCGCACCAUAGCUUUCCGGCUUGAACCACACAAGGAGGUUCGUUUCAUGGCCACUAGAAAUGUAAGGGGUAUACAGUCGAACCCUCCAUUGCUACCAUCGGGUUAUUACGGCAACGGUUUCGUGUUCCCGGCCGUCGUCACCACCGCCGGAAAACUCUGCAGAAACUCAUUUGGGUAUGCUUUAGAGCUGGUCAAGAAAUCAAAAGCUAUGGCAACAGUAGAGUACAUACAAUCUGCAGCAGAUCUCAUGGUGAUUAAAGGACGGCCUAGUCUUACUCCCUUAAGGGCUUGGGCUGUGUCUGAUGUAACCCGUGCUGGUUUUGAAGACGUUGAUUUUGGUUGGGGUAAGGCAAUAUAUGGUGGACCAGCAAUGCCUGGUGCUGGAGACUUCCUUGGAGCAAGCUUCUUUGUUCCACAUAAGAAUGCAAAAAAGGAGAAGAAGGAGGCAAAUCGUUUGGGUGAAUAUACUAUUGCUAGUGUCUACAUUUUCUCAUUUCACGAAGAAGCUGUUUUCAGAGAACCUAUUAGGCCGCUUUUUGAGAGGACAACAUAUGAGCUGGCUCGAGUGUUCUAA